AUGUCGAAAUCGGCCGACAAAGCGCUGAAUUUAUUGCGUUCACUACCGAGGCUUUGCCUGGGGAAUAUAAGAGACAACCCUGGAAGCAGAAGCAGCCGCAAAAGGGGAAGGGGGCAGCAUGGGGGCGAUAAGCACGGUGCCGGUAACAAAGGAUCCGGACAAAGACAGAAUUACAUGAGGUUAGGAUAUGAGACAGGAAAUAAUCCUUUUUAUUUGAGAUUUCCCAACGAACCUUACUACAAGGGGCACCACCUUAAAAGGCAGUAUCCUCCAAUGUCAAUGCUAGACUUACAAAGAUUGAUAGAUUUAAAUCGGCUGGAUAUGUCAAAACCUAUUGAUUUAGUUGCUAUUUUGAAUACAGGGGUUUUUAAGUUAAAACCUGAUCAGCAUCAAUUUGGAGUUAACUUGACAGAUGAAGGGGCUGAUAUUUUUAAAGCAAAAAUCAACUUGGAAGUACAAUGGGCGUCUGAGUUAGUUAUAGCAGCCGUAGAAAAAGCUGGUGGGGUUAUAACCACUGCUUAUUAUGAUCAACAUAGUUUGCAAGCUAUGUUGAAUACCAGAAAAUUCUUUGAAAGGGGUAUUCCAAUUCCAAGAAGAAUGACGCCACCUGCAGAUGCUAUAGAAUAUUACACUGACCCGACAAAAAGAGGUUAUUUAGCGGAUCCAGAAAAAAUAUCAGAAGAGAGGCUAGUGUUGGCUCAAAAAUACGGUUAUACCCUUCCAAAAAUCGAAGAAGACAAAACAUACGAAAUGCUGACGCAAAGAAAAGACCCUCGGCAAAUAUUUUUCGGUUUGAAUCCUGGAUGGGUUGUUAAUUUAAGGAAUAAGGUUAUUUUGAAGCCUCAGGAAGAGAAAUUGGUUGAAUUUUAUCAAUCUUAG